GCAGUCUCUGGUCUUCUGUACUAUGUCCGCAGUCUCUGGUCAUUCCCUGUACUGUGCCCGCAGUCUCUGGUCAUUCCCUGUACUGUGUCCGCAGUCUCUGAUCAUUCCCUGUACUGUGUCCACAGUCUCUGGUCAUUCCCUGUACUAUGUCCGCAGUCUCUGGUCAUCCCCUGUACUGUGUCCGCAGUCUCUGGUCAUCCCCUGUACUGUGUCUGCAUCUCUGGUCAUCCCCUGUACUGUGUCCGCAGUCUCUGGUCAUUCCCUGUACUAUGUCCGCAGUCUCUGGUCAUCUCCUGUACUAUGUCCGCAGUCUCUG